AUGAAGAAAGAACUCGUUGAUAAAGAGGGUAGCGUUGCUGCGAUAAAUGCUGAGAUAGAAGAGAUCCAACUAGUUGUCACUGAGCGGAACAAACUGACAACAGAGUUGCAUUCACUGAAAGAACGCCGUAUUGCUCUGGGCGAACUGAGCGCACAAUCUUCUCAUCUUCGUGAAAUGCUCCCUCGACAUCAGGAAGAAUUAGCGAAAAUGUCGGAACGUAGACAAGAAAUCUUGAAGAACGAAAUGCCAAAAGCGAAACAGGCCUUACAUGAAGCAAAGAUUGCCCGAGAUACAGCUGAACGUAGUGCGAAGGAAGAAGAAGACAAGAAGCUUCUGAAAAUGAGAAAUAUUUGCAAUCACUACGAUGCUUACUCCACUUUGAAGGAAAGACUAUCCAAAGCAUCAAUAGCCGCUGAAGAAGGCCAGAUAGACAAAGUGAAACAAAUCAUCUCCGAUAGAGAUCAAUCUAUUAUCGACUUAGAGAAACGAAAGGCUGGCUUCGAAUUAGGAAUUAACGAUCUGGAGGGAACUCACGUGAAGCGGCGAACUUUGGAAGAUCAGCUGACGCGAAUGCUAAUUGAGUCUAAGAUUGUAAGUGUUGAGAAGGAGUUGAAGGAUUUGACAUGGGAUCCCAUGGAAAAAGAGACCUUGUGUAGGGACCGAGAUAAAGCAAUGCGUGAUCGUGACAGCUCUGGUUUGGAGAAGGCGCGACUCAACGGGCAGUUGGAAGAGGUUGAGAAAAAGAUCACUGAGGCAAAGCAAGCGUUAACCGCGAAAGAAAUGAAGCAGGCUGAGAGUUUAUAUCAUCAGGUUGUAAUCGACAGAAUUAUAACACAAGAGAUGAUUUCGGACUUGGAGAAGUACACAAAGUGUUUGGAUAGUUCCAUUAUACAGUUCCAUACAGACAAAAUGGCUGCCAUAAACAGGAUUUUGGACGAUCUUUGGCGUAAGGUUUACGGUGGGACCGAUAUACAGACGAUACGCAUCAAAUCUGAAUGUGCGGCAACGUCUGAUAAACGUAAGGCAUACGACUACAGGGUGGUGAUGGUGCUGCGGAACGGCGUGGAGCUGGACAUGAGAGAUCGUUGUAGUGCUGGACAAAAAAUGUUGGCUUGUAUAUUGAUUCGUAUUUCUUUGGCUGAUGUUUUUGGUGGAAUGUGCUCAAUAAUUGCUCUUGAUGAACCGACAACUAAUUUGGAUUCAAUGAAGGUAGAUCACAUAGCUGCUAUGUUGAACAGUCUCAUUGCGGUUCGGAGGAGAGGUUAUUCUACAUCGGGCGGACACAGAAAGCCUUUUCAGAUGAUCGUUAUCACUCACGAUGAUCAUUUGGUGGAUAAACUGAUGAUUGGUUCAAAGCCUGAAUUUAUUUAUGUGCUUGGGAAGGAUAAUAGUGGUAUCUCACAUGUGCGACGUCAAUAUUCAGAUGGGCGCUCAGAAGAGGCCAACGGAAAUCCCUAUGGAAGAUAA